AUGAAGCAAAAACAAAGAGACCUUGUGUUGGAAUUCAGAACACCUCAGCAUCCAUCUUUAGGCAUAAAUUACUGGGGAGGUGCAUCACCUUUGUUAGCAAGGAACAUACCCGAGGAAUCACUUGAACAAAAGUAUGCAAAACUCAACACAACCCGAACGCGCGACGAGAUCUUCCCCGCUGAUUCGGAUAACUUGUAUUCUCUCAAACACAGUCGGAGUGUGAAGAGAUCGUUCAAUAGAGGCGUCGCACGGGUUAAAAGUCUAGUUGUUUUCGAAGUAUUGUUUAUGCGGAAGGAGAAGAAGGUGACUAUGUUAGGUUCGAAUUCGAACAAGAUAUGGAUUCCGAGAUUGGAUCAUAAAAAUAGGUGGCCACAGGGUUGGUGCUGA